GAGGGGCUGCAACUGGCUGUGGCCCUGGAACAGCUGCAGAGUGAGGGCUUCGGAAUGCUGCAGACCCCAGGCCAGGCCCCUGGCCCCGACAUGGCCCGACGUUCCCAGAGCUCCUCGCAGGGGGACAACCCACUGGCACCCGGGUACCUGCCACCUCACUACAAAGAAUACUAUCGCCUGGCGGUGGACGCCCUGGCCGAAGGCGGGCCUGAGGCCUACAGCCGCUUCCUGGCAUCUGAGGGGGCCCCCGACUUCCUGUGCCCCGAGGAGCUGGAGCAUGUGAGCCGGCACCUGCGGCCACCUCAGCACAUUGCCCAAGAGCCCCCCGAGGGCAGUCCUGAUGUGGACAUGGACGGCUCCUCCGGCACCUACUGGCCGCUGAACUCAGACCAGGCUGUACCUGAGCUCGACCUGGGCUGGCCCCUGACCUUCGGCUUCCAGGGCACUGAGGUAACCACCCUGGUGCAGCCACCGCCACCUGACAGCCCCAGUAUCAAAGACGAGGCCCGGAGGAUGAUCCGCUCAGCCCAGCAGGUGGUUGCCGUGGUGAUGGACAUGUUCACCGAUGUGGACCUGCUUGGCGAGGUGCUGGAGGCCGCCGCGCGCAGGGUCCCAGUCUACAUCCUAUUGGACGAGGUCAACGCCCAGCACUUCCUGGACAUGGCCGACAAGUGUCGCGUCAACCUGCACCACGUGGAUUUCCUGCGCGUGCGCACGGUGGCCGGGCCCACCUACUACUGCCGCACUGGAAAGUCUUUCAAGGGCCACGUGAAGGAGAAGUUCCUGUUGGUGGACUGUGCUGUGGUGAUGAGCGGCAGCUACAGCUUCAUGUGGUCCUUCGAGAAGAUCCACCGCAGCCUGGCGCACGUGUUCCAGGGCGAGCUGGUCUCCAGCUUCGACGAGGAGUUCCGCAUCCUCUUCGCCCAGUCCGAGCCGUUGGUGCCUUCCGCUGCGACGCUGGCCCACAUGGACACUUAUGCCCUGGCUCCCUAUGCGGGCGCUGGGCCCCUUAUGGGCGUCCCCGGGGCGCCAACCCCGUUCUCCUUCCCUAAACGGGCACAGUUUCUGUUCUCACCGCCCCGGGAAGAGGGCCUAGGCUUCCCCUCCUUCCUCGACCCUGACCGGCAUUUCCUGUCGCCCUUCCGUCGGGAGGAGCCGCUGCGGGUGCCGGGAGGUGCCCUAGCCACAGAGCCACACACAGGGCUGCGGCCACUUCCUCGGAGGCUGGACGCUGAAGCUGGGCCGGGCGGGGAGCUCGCGGCCCCACGGGGCUUCUUCCAGGCGCGGCACCGGGGCGCCUUCAAGCGGCACAUCUACGCCGCUGCCGACGGCUCGGGCGCCGUGGAGAACUUCGCGGCCGCUCGGCAGGUGUCACGACAGACAUUCCUCAGCCACGGCGAUGACUUCCGCUUCCAGACCAGCCACUUCCAGCGUGACCAGCUCUACCAACAGCAUUACCAGUGGGACCCGCAGCAGGCACCCGCCCGGCCGCAGGGCCUGUUCGAGAAGAUUCGUGCCGGCCGACCGGGCUUUGCAGACCCUGAUGACCUGGCGCUGGGCGCUGGGCCGCGCUUCCCUGAGCUUGGCCAUGACGGGCCCCUGCGGCUGGAGUACGUGCCGUCUAGUGCAUCCCGCGAGGUGCGCCAUGGCUCAGACCCCGCCUUUGGGCCCGCCCCCCGCGGCCUGGAACCCAACGGGGGUCCACGCCCUAAUGUGGGCCAGCGCUUUGCCUGCCAGGUGGCGGCAAGGCCGGGCCCAGACAGUGCCUCGGAGCCAGAGCCUGAGCGCAGGGGCGGACCCGAGGGCCGAGCCGGGCUGCGUCACUGGCGCCUAGCCUCUUAUCUGAGCGGCUGCCAUGGUGACAGUAACAGCGAAGAGGGCCUGGCCGCGCCCAUGGAGGCAGAAGCCUACGACGAUGAUGUGCUGGCACCCGGGGGCCGGCCAACCGCUGGGGACCUGCUCCCUUCGGCCUUCCGCAUCCCUGCAGCCUUUUCAGCCAAGGGCCUGGUGCCGGGCCCAGGCAGCGACAGUGCAGAGCGCGAGGGUGCGGAGGACGCAGGCUUGGCCAAGCAGGACUCCUUCCGCUCGCGCCUGAACCCGCUCAUCCAGCGCAGCUCGCGCCUGCGCUCCUCGCUCAUCUUCAGCGCUUCGCAGGCGGAGGGCGCCGGCGGGCCCGUGGUGGCAGGCACCGAGAGGCUGCAGCUGCUACACAAGGAGCAGACGGUCACCGAGACGGUGGGUCCCAGCGGGGAGGCCACGCGCUCUGCUGCCUCUGCCAAAGUGGCUGAGCUCCUGGAGAAGUACAGGGGCCCAGCUCGAGACCCUGGCGGUGCAGGGGGAAACGUCACUGCCUCCAGCCAUAGCAAGGCUGUCGUAUCCCAGGCGUGGCGGGAAGAGGCGGCACCAGGCAGCUCCGGGGGCGAGCGCCGAAGCCUGGAGAGCUGCCUGCUCGACCUGCGGGACUCCUUCGCACAGCGGCUGCACCCGGAGGGCGAGCGGCAGCCUGGGGCUGCCACGCUCACCGCUGUGCAGCUGCUGGACACGCUGGGCCGCAGCGGUGCUGACCGCCUGCCCUCCCGCUUCCUCUCCUCCCAGGGCCGUUCUACCUCCCCACAAGGGCAAGACAGCCCUCCGCCAGAGAGGCCAGGGACGCACCAGAUAUCCCACUCUGAGCCAAAAGAAAGCCCCACUUCGGCCUACCCAGAACGGAAGGAGAGCCCUACACCUGGUUUUCCCACUAGAAGAGGCAGCCCCACUGCAGGACUGAUGGAACAGAAAGGGGGCCCCGCCUCUGCCUAUCCCGAGCGCAGGGGCAGCCCAGUGCCCCCAGUGCCUGAGCGCAGGGGCAGCCCAGUACCCCCCGUGCCUGAGCGCAGGGGCAGCCUCACCUUGACGUCCGGGGAGUCAAAGCCCCCAGUGGUAGAGGAGGCGUCAGGCGGCCCCAUGGAAGUCCUGCGCAAGGGCUCCCUGCGCCUCAAGCAGCUGCUGAGUCCCAAGGGUGAGCGGCGCACGGAGGAUGAGGGCACCUUCCCACUGCCUCAGGAGAAUGGGCGGCCCGAGAGUCCUCGGCGGCCAUCCUUGGGCCGGGGUGACAGUACCGAGGCUGCAGCAGGAGAGGAGCGGGGUCCACGGGCUCGCGUGGCCUCAGCCACGGCCAACGCCCUGUACAGCAGCAACCUUCGGGACGACACAAAGGCCAUCCUGGAGCAGAUCAGUGCCCAUGGCCAGAAGCACCGUGGGGUCCCGGCACCAGGCCCUGGACCUUCCCACAGCAGCCCAGAGCUGGGCCGCCCACCAGCUGCCGGUGGUCUGGCCCCAGACAUGUCCGACAAGGACAAGUGCUCGGCCAUCUUCCGCUCAGACAGCCUCGGGGCGCAAGGCCGGCUGAGCCGCACGCUGCCCGCCAGCGCCGAGGAGCGCGACCGCCUGCUGCGCCGCAUGGAGAGCAUGCGCAAGGAAAAGCGUGUUUAUAGCCGCUUCGAGGUCUUCUGCAAGAAGGAGGAGGCAGGCGGCCCCAGCGCUGGGGAGGGCUUGGCAGAGGAGGAUGCCAGGGACAGCAAGGUGGGCAAGUUCAUGCCCAAGAUCCUGGGCACGUUCAAAGGCAAGAAGUGAGCCUGCAGCUGUGCCCACGGCGGCACUGCCAGGUCUCCCAGAGCUCAGCAGCUCCAUGGCAGCUGCCCACCUAGUCAUGGGCUCUAGCCCCUACCUGCCGGGCAGCCUCCCCCAAGUCUUCUCGCAGCACCUUAAUCUCAGCACAGCCUGCUGCCCCUGCUGUGUCCACCUGGGCCUCAGAGCCGUCCUGUGCCUCCACCCCUGUGUCUCAGGGGCCCCAUCUCUGUGCCUUAGGCCCCAUUUUCUCGGGCCUUGUGCUUCCUCAGGGCUUCUGAUCUCAGGGUUCUCUCCUCUGGCCUCUGCAGGGCCUGCCCUCACUGGCUGCCUCCCGUGUCUUC